AUGUCGUUCCGAACUUUUGCAGCCCGAGCUGGUGCUGCAGCUAACGUCGCAUCUCAAAGCUCUCUAAGAAGCUUCAAUAUGGUUCAGCAAGCAAAGACUUUGAGCCUCUCGCCUAGUGCUCGACAUGUUUCAUCCGCGGCGAAGAAUGUCCAGCCUCAGGAACACGAUGAACCUCACGAUGUCGUCUUCGAGAGCAAGUAUGGCCUGCGAACCAUCAUGCUCAAUCGGCCACGAAAGCUCAACUCUCUUAACGCUUCAAUGGUUCGAAAAAUCGUGCCUAGAUUGAUUGAAUGGGAAAGGUCCGAUCUCGCCAAUGUUGUUGUCUUGAAGGGUGCGGGCGAAAAGGCCCUUUGCGCUGGAGGUGAUGUUGCCGCACUUGCAAGACUCAACCAAGAGGACAAGGAAAAUGGGUGGAAGGACUCGGCCAAAUAUUUUGAACUCGAAUACCAACUCGACCAUUACAUUGCGACAUACAAGAAACCAUAUAUCGCUUUUAUGGAUGGCGUCACUAUGGGUGGUGGUGUUGGCCUGAGUGCUCAUGCUCCUUUCAGGAUCGCGACCGAGAACACUCUAUUUGCUAUGCCUGAGACUACGAUUGGCUUCUUUCCCGAUGUCGGCGCCUCUUUCUUCCUCCCUCGAAUGAACGGAUCUGUCGGAACCUACCUGGCACUUACCAGCGAGCGACUUCGCGGUCCCAACGUCUUUUACUCUGGUAUUGCCACCCACUACCUGCACUCAACCAGCUUGCCUGAUCUCGAGGCACGUCUGGCUGAACUGCGGUUCCAAGACAGCGAUGCUCUGCCUCAACGCCUGGCCCUCAUCAACCAGACUCUCGAGGAAUUCUGCACAGGCCUCCCCUAUGACCAGCCCAUGACCCUAAGCGGCGAGAUCCGUCAGGCGAUUGACCGAUGCUUCAACAGGCACACCAUUAGUGACAUCAUUGCUGCCUUGCAAGCUGAGCGGGGUCCUACUGAGGAAUGGGCACAGAAGCAGCUCAAGACUCUACACAGGCGAUCACCCACAGCUGUGCACGUCGCUCUGCGCCAGAUGCGUGUUGGUGGCGAGUGGGAUAUCGCCGAGACUUUUAAGAGGGAGCACCAGAUUGCUACCAAGUUCAUGCAGCAUCCUGAUUUUACGGAGGGUGUGUCAGCUCUGCUUAUCCGAAAGGAUGAACCAACUUGGAACCCCGAAUCUCUUGAAGCCGUUGGCGGUACCAACGUUGCCAAACCCUUCUUCGAUUACAACAACGAAGAAGAACUGUCCCUCUUCGUCGACCGUACAUUUAAGGAGUACCCUCAUCAGGAGCUUGGUGUGCCUACUGAGAAGGAGAUCGAGAAGGUUCUCUCUAAGGGUACCUACACCCAGGAAGAGCUGGCUAAUAAGAUUGUUGCUUCCCGCAACGGUCGUCAAGGCAUUUCCGAAGUCGUCGCAGAGAUCAUCUCUCGCAAGACUGCGGUGAACGAUAAAGGCAAGGCUUUGUGGCUGAGGGAAGAGUCUGCACCUGGAAGCAGACUAUAA